CAAGACCUGUACUUGUUACGAGGGCUUCGGUGCCCCUACCGAUAUCACCAAUUAUCGAUCACCUGACUGCUCCAUGCGUGUGUGGAAUGCUCAAUAUUUCUCUGCGUGUGACUCUUGUUUACUCAUAAACUUUGAGUUGUCACAGGAACAUGUCCAGCAGGUCCGUCAUGGGGAGGGAUCCCCAAUAGUGCUACGACAUCUCAUCCCAAGGAAGAGUGCUCUGGCGCUGGAGUAUGUGAUCGCAAUACAGGCACUUGUUUUUGCUAUUACGGCUACGAAGGAUCAGCCUGCCAGAGGAGUACGUCGGACAUCAGGACGCUGACUGAGUGAGUAUAGUCCCUGACGUGAAGCAUGUCGACAGGUAGUUGCCCUAAUAGCUGCUCCGGUCAUGGCCAGUGCAUGAGUAUGCGCGAGCUGGCGGUGGAGCCCAGUGCAUUUCCUCUAUCACCUCCUACAAAGUAUGAGGGCGACGUGAGAGCGACGACAUGGGACCAAGAUCGUAUCCAGGGCUGCUUGUGUGACUCGACCUGGCCGGUAGGUCUCGGCGCUGGCGAGUCCCAGCUCUCGCAGUAUUUCGGGCCCGACUGCUCUAAAAUGCACUGCCCGUCAGGUGACGACCCGAUGACUGCAGUGGACGAAACGAAGUGUGUCGGUAUCGUCGCCACCGGUGGCGCCGGCACUGGCGGGCCGGACAAUCUGUGCCACGUAGAUUGUGCUAAUCGCGGCAUCUGCGACUACAACACCGGCGAGUGCUCGUGUUUCUCCGGGUUCUACGGCUCCAAUUGCGCCAGCCUUUCGCCGCUCGUGUAG